GUUUGUUUGAACACGAGACACAGAAAAGUUCGUGGAGGAUUUUUUUCUGGCUACUGACCUGCAAGCAGCAUCCGUUCGAGAAGCAUCAUGGCCAACAAAGCUCAGCCGCCUCACCUGCACCUGGCCGAGGUCACCGCGUCCCAGUUCCUCGAAAUUUGGAAACAUUUCGACGCUGACGGUAAUGGCUACAUCGAGGGGAAGGAGCUGGAGAACUUCUUCAGGGAGUUGGAGAUUGCCCGGAAAGGAGCAGGGGUGGACCCUUCAAACCCCAUAUUCAGAGAAAAGAUGAAUGAGUUCAUGCAGAAGUUCGACAAGAACAAAGAUGGACGAAUUGAGUUGUCAGAGCUGGCCCAGAUUCUUCCAACAGAAGAGAACUUCCUGCUCUGCUUCAGAGAGUUUGUCAGCUCCAGUGCUGAGUUCAUGGCGGCAUGGCGGCGAUAUGACACAGACCGCAGCGGCUACAUUGAAGCGAAUGAGUUGAAGGGCUUCCUGUCCGACCUGCUGGAGAAGGCUAACAGACACUACGAUGACAAGAAGCUCCAGGAGUACACACAGACCAUCCUCAAGAUGUUUGAUCUGAAUGGAGAUGGGAAGCUGGGCCUGUCAGAGAUGGCGAGGCUUCUCCCCGUUCAGGAGAAUUUCCUACUCAAAUUCCAGGGUGUCAAGUUGACCACUGAGCAGUUCAAUGCCAUCUUCACCUUCUACGACAAGGAUGGGAAUGGCUACAUUGACGAGCAGGAGUUGGAUGCCCUGCUACGAGACCUUUACCAGACUAACAAGAAGGAAGUGGACGUGAAUAACCUGGCGGGCUACAAGGAGAGCAUCAUGAACCUGUCUGACGGAGGGAAGCUCUACCGUAGCGAGCUGGAGAUCGUCCUCUGCAGGGAGCCCAUUGUUUGACUCCCUCCUCUCUCUUGUGCGUUUUCAUUUUUUCUCUGCCUGCCCCGCCCUGCUCUCCCGAGACCACACCCACAUACAGCCUGGCAACAUAUACCAGGUGCAUGUGCCAGACCCCCCUCCCCCCCCAUCCCUGUCAUUCCCACCCACCUCCCCGCCCUAAAGUUACAACAUCCGAAGGAUAAGUGCACCGUCAGCACGCAGAGCAGCUCUUCCCCCUCCAACCCUCAUUUCUCUGCCACCUGUCUGAAACCUCUUCAGUAGCUCCUCCCCCUUCUCAGCUCCUCGUCCGUUUCCUUUGACUAUUUCUGACCUCAUGCCGUCCAUGCUGUGCCUGACUUGCAACUCCUGACCCAAAGCCCAAACCCAGUUUUUUUCACAGAAACGACCUUUUGAACCCGUUGAUAACCUUGCCCCCCCCCCAUCCCCUCGCUCUUCCAACUUUGCAUUAGAUACAAUAUUUAUUUAGUGAGAUGAAACUGCAGACAUCUCUGUUUGAACUUAUCUAAUUUAUAGUCUGUGAUGGAAUUGGCAUUGAUUUGUAUCCGCCCGUUUGCCCUGAAGCCCUCCUCUUCCACGGCCAUGUGAUAUCAUUUUUCAUUUUCAAUGUUUGGUUUUUGACUGAUACUGUCGAUUGAAAAUAUUAAUAAAAAGUCUUCAGAUACAAUCAGUA